AUGCGCAGGCCUAUCAAAACCGCCCCGGGCGAAUGUCUCGAUUUUAUCGACCUUGUCUUGGGUGCUCAAGCCUUCAACGUUGCCUUCGAUCUUCACCUUUCGCUUCGCAAGAGAAUAGGUGUGAUGGCAAUCUUUGCAGUCGGUGCAUUUACUAUAAUCAUCGCGAUUAUCCGUCUUGCUGUUAUCUCGAGCGAAGUAUUGGAAUACGGCCUAACUUUGCCAGACGUCACUUGGUUUACAAGCAAAUUUUCAUGGACGGUGAUAGAUCCUGCCGUAGGCUGCUUUGUGGCAUGUAUGCCGAUCUAUUCACCACUUGUCAAGCCUCUGAGACAUUUUCGGGAUUGCGUGAGCCUAGUGGGCGUAUCUUGGACUCGAGUCACUCGAUCAUCUAAUGCUAGCCGGAAAGGAACAACCAAAAUCGAAGAUAGCAAUGUGGAUAACUUCUACCUUGCAAAUUGCAAACCGGCUGGCACAAGAGAAGUAACAGUGGCCAGGAAAUCCUCGAGCACCAACUCUCGACAAGAACUCCAUCCUGUUCCUGGAACCGCAACAGCGAAGAGAGAUUUCACUCGGGAAGACCAUAGGGAGAAGAGCUGGUAA